AUGGACAAGAUCAAUUCCAAUGACUUGCUGGUGAAGAUAUUAUCAUUUCUUCCAACAAAAGAUGCUGUGACCACUAGCGUUUUGUCUAAGAGAUGGAAGUCUCUUUGGAUGUGGGUGCCGAAUCUUGAGUACGAUGACCACACCACCAAACCGUCAAAUCGUGGGAGACAAAGGUUGCGAAGGUUCAUCAAAAGGACAUUGCCACUACAUAGAGCUCCGAUCUUGGAAAGCUUGUGUCUCAAGUUAAGUGCUUUACCGUCUCAACCAGAAGAUAUCAAACAAUUGGUUGAAGCUGCAGUUUCUCUCUGCGUCCGGGAGAUUAGUAUUGCCUAUUAUACUUAUCGGAUAAGGAGCAAGAACACAACACUGCCAAUUUGCUUGUUCACCUCCAAAUCACUGGUGUCACUGACACUAAACCUCAAUUGUACAGUUGUCUUUGAUGUUCCUCGUUUUGCUUGUCUUCCGUCUCUAAAAAGCUUGCAUCUACAAGACGUGAGGUACACGGAUGAAUCUUUUCGACCGCUGGGUGAUUCUCAUACGGUUUGUUUCCCCUCCUUGAAAUCGUUGUACCUUAUAGAUGUUAUUUUCUUCGAUAAAGAAUCUCUUGGAUUGCUUCUCGCCAAUUGCCCUGAUCUUGAAGACUUGGCGAUGGUACGACAUGGUGAUUAUGAUAAUUUGGGAUUUGUCUCCAUUGUUGUGCCGUCUUUGAAGAACUUGUUAUUAUAUAUAGAUAGUGAGUGUUCUUCUCAUGGAGUUGAGAUUGUUACUCCUUCUUUGGAAUACAUCAAACUUGAGGAUCACUGCAAUCAUCAUUUCUUGAUUGAGAAUAUGCCUGAGCUUGAAGAGGCAGAGAUUCAUGCUGAUAUCCUUGACGAUUCUGAGAAGUUUCUUGGACCUUUCUCCUCUGUUAAGCGUCUUACCUUGCGCUUAAAUCUCAAAAGAACUGAGGCUAAGAAUGUCGCUGCAUUAUUCUUCAAUCAACUCGAAAGUCUCAAGAUAUAUUCUUGUUCCCCAUAUUGGUCGAUAUUACUUCUCCGGUUGCUCAAAGGAUCUCCUAAACUAAAAGUCCUUGACCUCUACAACGACACAAUUGCACUUUCUUUCAAAGCUCCACUUGUUUGUUGGGAUCAACUUACAUAUGUGCCUGAAUGUUUGUUGACGAGGCUCGAGACUUUCACGUGGACAUCGUUACAACAAAGUAAAGAAGCGAGAGAUGUGGUUGCCUACAUAAAGAAAAAUUCUUGCCGGUUAAAGCCCGAAACAGUCGAUGGAACAUGGUGUUUUUUGGGUUGCAUGUAUCCUUGUAUAAUUAGGGGGGAUGAAGUGAUUGAAAUAUGA